AUGUCCAAUCAUCAUCAUCUUCACGAGCAUCACCAUCUUCACCAUCGCAACACCGUCACCAACAGAAACACGAACGCGAACAGUAACAACACCAACACCUCUUCUCUCCCGAUGAUUCAUUCCUCCGACACGCUUUCCCCGAACUGGCUGAGGCGUUCGCAAACGUCCAUCAUCACCCCCGGGGCGCAUUUACAAAUCGUCUGGAGAGGUUUUUUCUCCCUCGGACGCGAGUUUAUGAGUUACCAGAACAUGGACGACAUGUUCGACGACGAAGGACCGACGACGUCGAACGCGCUGAGAGCGGACUCGGGCGUGUCCGACGGGAACGUCAGCUUGAAUAACGACGAAGAGACGAACGAUAACGAAACCGGGUCGGACGCGACGCAGAUUUUGAGCAACAUUUCGGAAAAGCAGACGAGAGGAGGAGAACAACAGACGACGAGCGGCGGGAUGACGAGUAAAGAGAGGCAGUUGCGGCUGAUGAGGAAACAACGGGAGCGAGAGCGAGAGCGAGAACAGCAGCAGGAUGAAACCUCGGUUGAGAAUACGAACACGAACAGCGGCGAGAGAGGCGGGGACGUCGUGAAUACGAAUACGAAUGUGAACGCGACGAGAGAAGCCAGUCAGACGAGUAACAUGAGUCAAGGGUCGUUUGAAGAUCACCAUCAUAACGAGAAUGCGAACAACAACACCGACAACAACAACAACAACAGAGGAGAGAAUGAUAACGAGAACACGAACAGAGAGCAUUCAGAAGAUACGGGCGUCGCGCGCGAUACUCUUAGCAAUAGGGACAGAGAUACUAACAACAACGAUAACGCGUCGGAACAGCCGCUGUUCAACAACGCGACCGAGUUGAUUGCUCGAGCACCACCGAUGGGUUUUCGAAUCCCAGGGACGGCGGCAGGUGAAGGCGUUGCGAGAGCGCACGCGGCCGGGAACGUUUUACCGGAUAUUUUGAGGGCGAAACGGGUGACGAGUUUAGACGCCGAGUUUCCAAUCGUUUGGGAUCCGGUCGCGUUGUUGUGUUUGUAUCCCGGUAGCGAAAGGUCGCAAGAGGCGUUUUUGAAGUUGGCACAAAGUUUGAAGGCGAGAAGAGAGGAGAUGCCGGAAGAUGUAGCGGAGACUGCGAACGUGGGCGGCGCUGGGACGCCGACGGUUUCGAAUAAUAAUAAUAAUAAUAAUAGAGAUAAUAAUAACAACAACAACAACGACGUGACAAUACCGGCGAGUACGGGUGGACAUCACGGACCUGGUAAUAGUAGCGCUGGUGGUAGUGGUGGCGGCGGUAGAGGUAGCGGCUUGUUGCGGGAACGAAUAACCGCGUCGACGCAAUCGUUUAACGAUCGAAGUUCGUUGAAUUCAAGUCAUAGUCACGGCAACGAACGAGAACCUGGAGCAGAGGUUGUUUUAUCGCCAUUAUCGACGAGCGUCCGAGAGCAGCAACAACGAGCGACGGCAGAGGCUGCUGCAGCGACAGCGGCAGAGAAUACCACCGGAACGACAACAUCUGGGAGUGGAGAGCUGCAGAGAACGCCGUCCAUGGUGGAAGUGUCGCAAACCGCAGUAGGCGUAGCAGCGAAAGUAGAGCUACCGGAAGGAUAUGUCGCGUAUAUUGUUUCUCAAGAACAACUUCCGGAUUUAGCGUACGAAGCCGUCGCAAAAGAACGAGAUUUACAACAAGCACCAGCCAACGCCGCGGGUGGAUAUGAUCCCGCGAAUGCAUCGGAACGACAACAGAGACGAAUGCCGGGCAUCGCUCGCGAACGGUUUCUCGCGGAUGCCGCAAACGCCAACGUGAACACGACGUCGACAAAUUAUACGAGCAGUAAUACGAAUUUUCCGACAAUCGAACCGCUAUGGGUUAUUAUUCAAACUGUCGAGCCUUUACCGGCGCCUCAACCGAUUGCUAAUGUGCCAGCACCGGAUUCUAGACCGGCGCGGGGUAUUUUGAAAGGUUGGACGGCGUCGCAGCUCGGAAAUUACUCGAAAGAAACCGGCGCGGUAGCCGGCGGCGCCGGAGGGAUCACACAAGGCGCAACUUCUGAAAGAGAACCAUUGCACAGGAGGCGAACGUCGCACUCUGGUGCGGGAAGUGGUGGAGGUGGUAUGGAUACCGCAGGGGCAAAUGCGUAUUUAUCGACGCCGUUAACAGCUGGCGGAUUGACCAACGCGGAUCCGCGCUCGCAACAACAACAUCAGCGACGACCUACGGUUGUCGCGCGGGCGAUGAACAUGCACAACGUCGUUUCAGAUGGUGAAUACGACACCGAUAACGACUCCAGAGGAUUUGGAACUUCCGCCGGAAGUCGCGAAACGGAUCCAGAUAGUAUAGAAAGAGAUGAAGGUUCCGAAGGCGCAAACGCCGGCGGUUCAAACAUUUCAGGAGCCGUGGUCGAUGAAGACGCGAACUUGUUUGAAAACGUGAACGCAAACCGACCUCGAAGUAAUAUCGCAUCAGACGAAGAGACAGAACUAACGUCUGGAAUUUCAAAUCCAUCCGAAGAUGCUAAAAACAAGGACGACGUUAGCGCGGUUGACGACAACAACGCCUCGCUCUCUGUUCCCGCAAACGAACAAACGCAACAGACGAGGUCUCAUCUGCAUAAAAUGCGACGCGAACCAUCAUCACCGCAACAUCGAAGUACGCCAUCCCCGGCGAGCUCACCGUCUUCUUCGGACGCGACUGAAGACGAUAUAUCGCCGUCGUCGCAAGGAAGAGCACUGGCGGCGUUGGAUGCGGCGAAUAGAAAUUCGUUAGUACCGCAAACUUCUGUCAACGUGACUCGAGUUCGCAAGAUUCCAAUUCAAGGCGCACGCUUCGCGCUGCUUGGAUUCGAGAUGGAUCAUCCGCACGUGAAGUUCUUGUUGCAAAAGAUGGAAAGUUUAGGUGCCAUUCACGUGCUCUUGACGCACGACAAGAACGACAUGGCGGAAAAAGGGCUCGAUUUAAUCGUCGUCCAUCCUCCGUUCUUGCAACUCUUACACGCGAAAGAUUUCACGCAGCUGGAAAUCCGAGACUUUUUGCGUUCCCGCCGAGCACGUUUUGCGCUCGGUUUGCGUCACUUGGAGUUGUGCAUCGAAAACGAACGGUUAUUAGACCCGAGAAUUGAAACCGCGGAAGUCUUUCCAGAAGGCGUCAUUUUAGUCGUCGACGAUACGACGUUAGCCAUGGGCGAAGAGAUUGUUCAAAAGCUUGUGAAACUAUUGGGCCAAGCCGCGGCAGCUUCUGCUGCUGCGUCUGCAGCGAAAGGUAUUUUGCAUUACAACCAAGAAGGGGCUCGAGAAAACCCGCCGUGGCCGUGGGCAAUCAAGUUAAACAACGACACGGUUCAGAAAUUGAUGCUACAGAAAAUGCAAGUCGCGCGAACAGAUCCGGAUAAAGCGUGGAGAAUCGAAAAUUGUCUUAAGCUCUUACACGCACACAAAGCGACUGGUGAUAGAGCUGGUCGAGGCGCGAGAGUUUUAGGCAUCGAUUGGGAAGAGGCGUCGCAUCAACCCAUUCAGUUUCCUCCGCAGGAGGUUCGAGACGCAGUGAAGCUCGCUUCUCGCCAUGGCGCAACGUGCAGAUCGGUAUUUUUGGUCUCUGAAAAUCCAGAAACCGUCGCCGAAGCCCGAAAAUAUUCUAAAGUUGUUUUGAGCGGUGAUUUGCACGAGUGUUGCGAAUGGUUGGAAGAAGUCAUCAAAGAAAUGUGGGCGGAAACGAAAGCGGCAAGGGACGAAGGACCAUGGGUCAACGUGUUGGGAUUUCCAACCGUGCAACAAAAUCCAGCGGCUACUGCCGUUACGAAGAAUGCUGGACUUACGCCAAGUUCUACCGCCGCCGCCGCAACACCAGCGUCGACGGAUGUUGCUGCAAAAUCAGUCGAAGAUGCCGCGGCGAAUGUAGCCGCUCGGAUAGCGGCGCGUAAAGCGAAAGAGAGCGAUACCUCGGCGCGAAAAGAAGCGACGCCUCCCCCGUCGACGAGCGACAACAACGACGGUGUCAUGACACGACGCGAUUCCGAAGAUUCUCUUCAAAACGAUGAAAAAACGAAAUAUUUACUGAUGAAUAGCCGUCCCUCGAACGAUAUAAUGCCCGAUUUUCAUACGAAAACCGACGUGACGCUAUCGGACGUGAACAAGCAUCAAACGCCGUGGAUGCCGGGAGCUUUGAAAACGAGUGCCGCGGACCACAAGAAAUCGAAAGAGGAGGGUGUGGCACCGCGCGGUGGAGAUGCGUCGAUGACGCUGGCGACGCCACAACCGCCCGGCGCCACGAAUCCAUCCGGGCCGAGAACAAAUUACAACAACAUCUCUGGAUCUACCAUUUUAACCGGCGCCAACAACAACUCUUCGCAAAAGAAGAAACCGAAAACGGUUCGUUUUCCAACCACCAUAGACGACGGCGGCACCAUGGGCGCCGGUCGUCGUCGCGGUCGGUACAGUCCACCACCUUCGCCUCCGCGGACAACCUCUGCUAUUUCUGGAGACACCGCGGAUAUGCGCGACACGUUGAGCAUGCGCGAAGGCGAAGGCGAAGCGACGGACGUUUCCGAGCUCGAUUUAGAAGGCAGCGUGGACGAGAAACCGAUUCAUCCAGCGGAAAGCGAUGGUGGUGGUGGCGUCGUCGGCGAAGGCGAAGAAGGAGGAGGAAAAAGCGACGACAACAAUAGCACGCCGUUAACGCUAAAAGCGGAGAAGAAGAAAAGAAAGUCGCCCCCGAUGAAGAAUACUACCACUACUACUACUACUUCGCCGAGGCGCGAGAGUCCUCGCAACAAAAAGCGACAACGCCAUCAUCAGAAAUAA